AUGAAAUUUCGUCUAACUCUAAUAUUAACUUUCUUGAAAUGUAUUUGCUGUUUUCCUUUAGACGAUCAAGAUAAGUUAUCAAAUAAUUCAACUAAUAUAAACUACAUGAUACAACAUAUCGCCAAUGGAAUCAAAAUUUCCCCAGACGACUAUUCUUUCAUGGUAAUAGUAUUAAGAAGAAGACUCCAAAUCAGUUGGAAAAGAGUAUGUGGAGGAACUUUAAUCAGAAGUAGAUGGGUUUUAACUUCUGCCAAUUGUGUAGAUGAGGAGUAUUCUUAUUUUAGUAUUUUAGCAUCCAGCAAUAGUUCUCACAUGAGACCUCUCAUGGUUUAUGUCAAACAAGUAAUACUUCAUCCAGAAUAUCGAAAUCAUAAUUAUCUCAACAAUAUUGCUUUACUGAAAUUGGAGCGAAAGCUGAGUCGCCAAACAUAUGAUGUCGAUUAUGUCAAACUUCCUAGAGCUAAAAAUGGUAGAGGCAUCGAUCUCGACUUGCCCUGCAAAGAAGGACUUGUAAUGGGAUGGGGUAAAACCGCUGCUGACGAAUAUCCAGAAACAAGUGAGCUCAUAUGUGCCAAUGUACCACUAAUACCAUUUUUAUAUUGCCUCAAACUAUACAACUCAUACUACUAUAUUACUACUGUGGAUAAAGAUCAAUACCUAUUAUGCACUUUGUCGCCGAAAGGAAGCGGUCCAUGUAGAGUAGACAAUGGUGGUCCUUUGAUGUGCAAUAACGUGCAAGUUGGUAUUUUUUCAUGGGGAUUUGGUUGUGGAAAAAAAUCCAAUCCAUCACUUUAUGUUCCGGUCGAUCAAUAUUUGGAAUUUAUUUAUUCUGUCGCAGGCAGUCGUGCCUCAAGGAACGGUAAUGUUGUGAAUGUUAUUGUUGUAUUGCCUUUAUUAUAUCAUUGUAUCUAAUUAUUAUUGAUA